AGGGAAGAUGUUCAGUUACAAAGGAUAUGUGCAUCCGUUGUGUCGUACUUUUAAUUGCUCAAAUAUACCACCAAAAUAGGAUUUUCAUUUGCAUGGCAAUCACAUAAUAAAAUGACUCCUUGAAUUUCAUUUCUGAUUUGUUGUCCGGGGAAGUGGAAAAGACUUGUUUGGUUACAUUUUCAUUGCAUUUCUUGGUUCUUUUCCAACUCCUUAAAUACCCACAUACCAACAUCAAGCUGUGUAUACAGUUGGAGAUUUUAGUGCAAAUUCUUGGAGGAACAGUGGAGAAGAAUGGACAGGUAUCAGAGGGUUGAAAGGCCCAAGCCUGAAACUGCAAUAGAUCAAAAUGAAAUACGUAUUACCACCCUGGGGCUGAUAAGAAAUUAUGUCAGUUAUGCAUCCAGUCUUUUGCAGGACAAGACAACCCCAGAAAUCGUCUUGAAGGCAAUGGGCCAAGCCAUUAGCAAGGUUGUGGCUAUUGCGGAAAUAAUUAAACGGAGGGUGCCUAGUUUGCAUCAGAUUACCUCAAUCAGCUCAACCAGCAUAACAGAUGUUUGGGAACCAAUUGAAGAGGGGUUGCUUCCCUUGGAGACAACAAGGCAUGUUUCAAUGAUCACAAUUACUCUCUCAACCAAGCAGCUGGAUUCUACUGCCACAGGAUACCAGGCUCCGUUGCUUUCUGAUUUAACCAAACUAAAAGCCAGCGUCAGCGUUUAUGGAGGAGGUAGAGGCAGAGGUCGUGGAAGAGGAAGGGGAAGAGGCUGGGGAAGAUCAGAGAAUGGUGGUUACUAUGAUAAUGAAGGCAACUAUGGUGGAGGUUACUACAAUGGAGGGGGAUGGUAUGCGGAUGGGGGAUUUGGUCGUGGUAGGGGGCGUGGAGUAUUUCGUGGACGUGGAAGGGGAAGGACUAGGGGCAGAGGGAGGGGGAGAAAGGGAUAAGCCCAUGAAAUUUUGUCAUACUUUGAAUAUAGAUACUUGGUUCAAAAUAUUUUCAAAAUAUCUGUCAAAUGUUUGUUAAAAUGAAAUGAUAGAUUUUUGUAGCAGUAUGAAAGAGAUAGGGGAUUUGUGAACAUGAAUUAUAUCUGGCCAAACCAUGUUUUAGCAUGGAAUAAGCAUCUACCAGGGUAUGUGUUGGCUUGGUUGAUGAAAGGUGAAGUUUAGACUGGUUAAAUCCCAAAAUGGCGGAAGUGCAAUUGCUACACUGAUUUGUUUUUUAAUUUCAAAGAUUGAUUGCUAUGUGCUA